UUAAUAUAAAACUAAUAAUUUGUAGCCCUUUUUUCUUCCCUCCCUUCUCGCUUGUUUUCCCUCCAGAUUUUUCCUUCGUUCUUCCUCCAUAGAUCUACUCUCUCACUCAGCUCUUUCAUUCUCUCGUUCACUCGCUCUGUGUUCAGAUUAGUCGGUUGAUUUCUUCGGAUUUAGUUCAGAUAUCUCAUCUCUCUUCUGCAAGCUUAAUACAGGUCUCUGCGCGUGGUGUUAUCCAGAAGAGGGGUAUAUUGAGAUCGCCAUUAGGGCUCGAAUUAGUAGAUCUAGUAAAAGAUGGAUCUUUCUGGUGAGAAGGCAACUGGAUCUACGGAUCCGAGCGCGGAUACGAGCAACAGAGACUGCGAAGUGUCGAUUUUCGAUGGAUCAAAGAGCUGUACCGACUGCGGGACGACGAAGACUCCUCUAUGGAGAGGCGGCCCUUCCGGUCCAAAGUCUCUCUGCAAUGCAUGCGGCAUUAGGUACAGAAAGAAGAGGAGAGCGGCCAUUGGAAGUACGAAAGAGAGGAGUGAAGAUACGAGAAACAACAGCAGUAGCAAGAAGAUGAGUUCAUUGAAGAUGAGAAUGAUGGGCUUUGGUAGAGAAAUUAUCUGGAAGCCUGGAAGCCUUGUCCGGAACCAAAAAAACCGAAGAUUGGGAGAAGAAGAGGAAGCAGCCAUUCUUCUUAUGGCUAUUUCUUCUGGAUUUAUCUACGCCUAGUUAACUAUUAUAGCUUAAUCUUUCCACUACUUCUAACCAGAAUCUGGAAUCUGGAAUCUGAAGUCUUUUUGUUUCCCAAAAUCACAUUUUUAUUCUGUUUUCUUUCUAUUUGGGAAGGAUCUGGGUUAUUUGUGUGGUUGACAUUGAUCUAUAUUUUCUAAACUUACAGUUCCAGUGUAACCAGGUCAGUGAUUAUUCAUUAUCAGUGGAAGUAUGUUGCUUUAUGAGAAGUGAUUUUUCUUCCUAAUUUGGCAGAAUGAGAAAAUUAUGAACGUGUAA